AUGGUUGCAAUUUUCAGUUAUUAAAAAAAUUCACAUUCCUAUUUCAAAGUGAUCAAAUUUUCAAUAUACAUAUUUUUCACAGUUUAAAUUUUCAGUGUUAAAAAAUUCAGCAUAUAAAAAAAUUCAACUUUUCAAAAUUCAAAUGCAAUAUUUUCGUUGUCCUCCAAUUCAACUUGCUCAAAUUCGCCGUCUCAAAUUCACCGUCUAAAAAUUCGCUGUCUCAAAUUCAGCGUCUAAAAAUUCGCUGUAAAAAUGGCCAAGGUUACUUCAGGUCACAGACAUUAGCAAUGGAUGUCCAAUUCCAACAUCCACCUAAUCACGUGACACAACCGUCAUAUUGAAGAAGUACCAGUAUCACCCAGGCUGGCGACCAUGGAGGCGAACUCAAACCCAACGAGUAGUCGGGAUGCAAUAGUUGAAUCUGCAAGGCAUUUACUGAAUUUAUUAACUGAAAGACCACGGAGUGGAGGAAGAGGAGAGCUCACCAACCAGAAUGCCAGGGUACCUCAAACUGAACCAUCUGUCCAAAUGGAAAUGAGCAGAUCUUUUCCUGGACUUUACAACAGGGGAAGAGGAAAACGACGAUUUCCUCCAACAAACCUGGUCCCAGCGAAAAAGAUGAAACCUUUAGAUGUGGUUUUUUAUUUACUGCCAAAACAUUAUGAAAAAACACCAAAAGAAGAUGAUCAACUGAUACACAUGAAAGCGGGAUUGGGCCGGAAAACGGCUCACAUCGAUGAGAGCAUAACGCACAAUGAGCUGGGUGAAACGCUUAAAGUUCUUUUUCCAAGGCUGGGAACUAUUACAGGGGGUUGGCUGCUUUACAAAUCUGCAGGUGGAUGGGGAAGACGCAAUUUGACCUUGAUAAGUCCUGAAGAUGAUGGCUAUACCGGGACAAUGUUGAAGGGUGCGAGUCGCGGCGGAAAAACCCUGUUCAUAGUCCCUAUUCAAGAACAACUUUGCACGGAUCCUCUUGAGCUGAAUGACGAGGCAUUUGCAAACAUGCCAAAGGCCAUGUGUCAGAAAUGCCGAGUAGAUGUUCCCUUGCAUUUUUUGACUGACCACAUAAAGUCUUGUGUGGAAACAGAUUUGCCCUCUGAUGUGGCUGGUGUUGAUGUUUGUAACCCUGCAAAGGACAUAUCAGCAAUGCAAGAGUGUCCGGUGUGUGCAAAAAUGUUUCCUACUGAGGACAUAGAAGUACAUGCUUCUUCUUGUGGAGAAAUUAGUACAGGACCUCAUUCCACAGAAGAAGUGAAUGAAACAAUGCCUGGGCCAUCUACAUCAUAUUCUUCAGGCAGUGAUGACUGGUAUACCAUAAGCGAUGCUUCAAAGGCCAUUUCUCGCUGUGCAGACCAUUUCCUCCAAAUACAUGCAAUGGAGAACCCCUUGCUGUUGAAGAUGGACUUAAGAGACAGCACUGCAGAAAAAGACAUGGCUCUGAUUUCUUUCUAUAAGCGGCCAAAUGUGCAAUGGGCAUGCCCCCUUAAUUGUAGGCUUGAAGGUAAAGUAAUUAAAAGUUACAAGUUUUACACAUGUUUGCAUUUCAAAUUAUGUUUGACCUGUCAAACCAUUUACCUUGCAGGAGAUGUGGCUGUGGGACUAGGUGUAAACCGCUUUUUCUUUUCAACCGUACUGGAAAAAUUGAAGUCAGGUUUUUCUAUAAACUUUGGAAACUCCAUUGUUACACGACUUUUCGAAGGAGAACCUGGCCACUGGGUCCAAUCAGCCUCUCACUUUCUUGUUGAAAGUGACAUGUUUUUAGUGGCUGGCAGAAUGAUAGGCCACUCUUUCCUUCAUGGAGGACCACGCCUGUCAGGACUUAGUCCUGCUGUUAUUCAUGUUCUACUUGGCGGCAGUCCAGAAACAGCAACUGUCACCCUGGAGGACUGCCCAGACCUAGACAUCAGGGAAACCAUCAGUACUGUAUGCCCCCCAAUUCACAAAAAUAGAAUUUUAUGUGUAUUACACUAUUCUAGUUCUUUCUUGCUUUUUUCCCCUCUGAGUUCUUUGCGAUGUCUUUUGCAGCUCGAGGGAGAAUCCAGGCUCUCUGAUACUCAAAUGGAAAGAGUACAGAGCUUGGCAUAUUCAUGGGACCUUCCUUGCCCAUCAGAGAACAAUAGGAAGUGGCUUUUUGAGAAGCUGUUACUCCAUGCAGUUCUUGGACGCGUUGCAAGACAAAUAAAGCAACUUAGACGAGGUUUGAAAGAAACCCCAAUAUGGUCCCUGGUAACUCGGCGACCUGAUGCUGUACCCCUGCUUUUUCCAAGGGAGGAAGCGUCCCUGUGUCCAGAGGUGGUACUUCAGCAUAUCACUUGGCCAGAAAUGGAUGCUGAAAGUGAUGAAGAUGAUGACUGCUCAAAGGAAACCAGAUGCCGCAUUUCAGGAUAUCUGAAACAGUUCGUUGCAAAUGCCACACCACCUGAACUGAAAGAGUUGAUGAAAUUCUGGACCGGUUGGGAAAAUCUUCCAUCAAGUCUGUCGGUGGAGAUUGUUCAUGGGAACUACCCAACAGCUGCCACAUGCUACGAAACACUAAAACUUCCCUGUCAUUACAAGAAUUACAAGUCAUUCAGUGAGGACUUCUUAGCAUGCAUUUCCUCUACACAAUCUGGAUUUGGCUUGAUCUGAGUGAUCGACUUGUUAAAAAAAAAAAAAUCUACACUUAAGCUGUAGUAGUUCUUUGUGAAGCAGCUUUGUUUAAGCAGAACAGUUCUGUUGAAAUAUUUACUCAAUUCAGUUUUCUGAUUUUUGUCAGAUCACAAGUUCAAUACAUAUGUUUUAAUGUAAUAAUUUAAACUCAGAGUGACAACAUUGCUGUUACUCCACUUCCUGUAGUUAUGUCAAGUUCAAAUUCAAAUGUUCAGAGUAGAUAUUUAAUUUAAGUCUAAGUCAGUACUGUUUGUACAGGCAGUUUUAAAUAUUAAAGUGAAAUUGUUUUUUAUGCAAAAUUGAAUGUCAUUUAUUGAAUGUACUUAGUACUUGAAUGUAUACUUGAAUGUUCAUAUAUGCUUCAAGUAUGAGAAAAUAAAUUAUAUAAGACAAACCUUUUUCUGAUUCUUUUAAUGCAAGAAAUGUGAAGUCCUACAACAAUGUACCUAAUGGGUUUCUAUAGAGUAACAAAAAAAAAAAAAAUACAAAUUUAGAACAUUUUAGUUCUUUAACAUGUUUACCAUAAGAGC